AUGUCGACAUGGAUGCAGAAUGCUGAAGAAGCGUCGAAAGAUAGUGGGAAGCGCCGACUAUCUGGACGCAUACAUAUCCUAGGCCUUGGGAAUGUAGGCACAUUCGUUGCCCACUCUCUCGCAAGUCGUCCGUCUCCUCCGCCUGUCACUCUACUCUUGCAUAACCCCAAUCUGUACAAGUCAUGGCUGGGGAGGAAAAAGUGCUUAGCGAUUAACUCGAAUGGAUUGGACGAUAUCAAGACGGGCUUCGAUGUCAAUGUCCUGAAUGGCAAAACAUGGCACGCAUUCCCAUACUGGGAUAAAAACGGGAAGAACGGGGAAGCCAUAGCUCGAGCAGACGAGAUCGAUGUUGAAGGGUCCCUGGCCGAGUCUGUCCAAGAUGAGGAGCGCAUUGAAUGCUUGGUCGUUAGUGUCAAGGCGCCGGUGACAGCUAUGGCUUUGGAAUCUGUUAAGCAUCGUUUGACACCCGACUCUACGGUCCUACUACUUCAGAACGGCAUGGGCGUCAUCGAUGAGCUCAACGAAAAGGUCUUCCCUGAUCCCCGCAAACGCCCGAACUACAUGCAAGGCAUUGUCUCGCAUGGGUUGGCUCGCAGGAAAGAACCCUUCCAAGUCGCCCAUACGGGCAUCGGCACGACCAUCCUGGGACCGGCCUUGCCCUCGAACUCAACAUCUCCGAUCAGUGAAAACGAGGAUGACUGGGCCGCUAGCACCAAGUAUCUCCUGCGGACCAUGACUCUCACUCCUCCACUGGUUGCUGUCGCGGAGACUCCGUCCGCUCUUAUGCUCUACCAGCUUGAGAAGCUGGCGAUGAACGCUGUCAUUAAUCCGUUGACGGCGUUGAUGAACUGCGAGAAUGGCGAGCUUCUCUACAACUACAGUCUCACGCGCGUGACGCGAUUGCUUCUUCAUGAGUUUUCGAGCGUGAUCUGCGCCCUUCCCGAACUACAGGGCAUCCCUGGUAUCGAGAGCCGAUUCUCCCCGGAACGACUGCGCUGGAUGGUUACUCAGCUUGCCAGCAAGACAGCAAAGAACCACAGCUCCAUGCUGCAGGACGUACGAGCCGGCAAGACGACCGAGAUUGAAUACCUAAACGGCUACAUUGUGCGCAGAGGCGAAGAGCUCGGUAUCAACACACGUCGAAAGCAAAGAGAUGCCAGCGCCAUCCCGAUCGACAUUUUGUAG